AUGACCCCUUUCAAACCACACCACAUCUACACCGGUCAAAUCACCAUCGAAAGUUUCGGCGGGAGCUUCUGCCCCAGACAAACAUACCGAGCCUUCCCCAAGGAUCCAGUCGAUGAGCAGGCCCAAAAGGUCCUAGAGCGAGGCGGCAAGCCAUCUAGCCCACCGCUCUAUUUACACCGCUACGAGACUGAGUACUUCAAAGUCGAGCAGGGACUCAAGGGCGUCAAUAUAAGCGGGAAAAUCACAAACACAUCCGAGGACCCCUAG